UGGGGUGCGCUUCUGGUCACGUGUCUGGUACAGUAUGGUCACAUGACUUCGAUGGGUAAACAUGAAAGCUGUGCAUAACCAACGGCUGCCUCCUUUGUUUGUUUUCAUCAUUUGUUUGUGUAUUUACCUCAGCCAGCAAGAGAUCGAGCCGCAGCUAUGUAAACAAUGUAGUGGAACGUCGCUGAAUGGCUCCGCGGUGGGUACAUUUUGCUUCUCGUCCAACGGUCGGAUCACCGGACGUUGCUGCCUAGGAAAUGAAACGAGCUACCGUGAACGCAUCAUCGGGCUGGAUUUGUCCAAUUGUUCCUUAACUGACGUGGGCAAUCUUCAGGAAGCCUCAACCGCUUUAAUGAUUGAUCUGUCAUCAAACUCCAUCGUCAACAUCAGUGACACAGCAUUCAAAGGAUUUAGACAGUUGAGUCAGUUGAUUUUGCCAGCAGACGUCGCCUGUCCAGGUGGGAAUUCCUCCUGGGACAAAGUAACGAGAGAAAAUGGAAGGCGCCUUUGCCAAGGCCAGAGGAACACGUGCAUUCAGACGGGGAAGAUGUCUGUUAACUGUCCAGAGUACUCCCAGUGCGGUCCGUACGGGCCCGGUUACUUCGAGUGCAGCUGCGCCGACAACUACCACGGAUACAAGUGUUUGCGAGAGGGGGAGUUCCCAAGCCUGCAGGUGUUUGGACCUCUGGGAGCUUCCACGCUUGCACUUUCCCUCCUGCUGUGGCUCACCCAGAGACGAAAGGCCAAGUCACUAUAGAAGAUUAGUUUUAAUGUUCAUUCAUCUAAGCUGAAAGGGAAGUGCAUAUCCUGAUAUUUGACAGAUUCUUAGCUGGAUUUUUAUUUCACUGUUACUUCUCUCCUCGGAAUGUAAGUUGUAUUUAUUUUUUAAGCCUAUGGAUUGACCUGAUAAAUGUAUGAUGUACCAAACAA